UCGGCCCGCGGCGCAACAUGCACGCCUCCCUCACGCUCGUCCUCGCGCUCACCGCGCACGCACUCGCCGCGCCGCCCCGCGAGCGCGCCGGCUUCCAGAGAGAAAUUGAUGGCACUAGGUACAACCAGGUGCCUAAGAUAUUUGACUACGUACUCAGCGAAGACUAUCUCAACUCUCUUAGGAGCAAAGGGAAGCUGGUGACCAAACUAAGACCGGAGGAAGCCCUGGCUGCAGACAACGUUAUAUUAGAAUCCAAUGUCGUGAGGAUAGUGAGACCGUCGAAGCUUAGAGAUAGCGAGGAUGGGGUGGCGUUAGUGCGCCAGCGCCGAGGCUAUAACCUGGAGAACGUGCGGGUACCGGCGCGGUACCCCUACCUACCUGUGCCGCGGUACAACAGGCUUCGCCGCUGGGGCUAGCGGCUAGCGGCUGCGCACCUAGGCCGAGACGCUAUCAAAUGUCAAGGCUGCGGCGGCAUUGCUCAAGAAGAACCCGGCGCGGCGCAUCUCGCGCGUGUGCAUUACAACAAACAGACUGUUUAUGUUAUUUAUUUGAAGUGGCUGUGAUGGGACGCUCGUUUUACGCCAUUAUUUGUGCGGCUUCGGAACAAAGGCAGAGUAUCUACAUGUAAUUUAAAACUUCUUAAGUUAUAGCUUGUUAAUUUUAUUACAUGAUUAAUUAAUAUUUA